AUGGAGGAGGGGGCUAGCGCCGCGCCCCCGCUCUGGAACUGGGACUACCUGGAGCGCUGCUUCGCCCGCCGCCGCGUCUGCAUCUCCUUCGGCCUGUGGAUCUGCGCCGCCUGCUGCUGGAUCGCUGCCCACACACUGAUUCUCUACCUGAGAUGCACAAAGAAGUGUGUCCAAGACCAGUCGACACUGUGUGCUGUGUUCUGCCUCCUGACGAGUCUGUGUGAUACUGUGGGGGCGAUUCUGGCCAGGCAGCUCACAAUCCAGGUAUUCACUGGGGCCUACCUAGCAUUCGUCGACUUCAUGAACUUCCUGUUUAUUCUGUUUCCUGUCUGUGGAUCCAAAUCCAAGUUGAAGUCCGGUCAGAGCAGCAGGGAGAGGAGGAGAAGAAGGCAUCUUAGAGCCAGUGUGUUUGCCCUGGCUCUGCCGCUGAGCCUGGGUCCAGGCUGGGCAAUCUGGACUGCUAUCCCCAAGGCUUCAGCCCCAGUCCGAGGGCCGCAACGGAGGCUUCUGGGAAGCCUUCUGCAGGAAAACCCGGAAGUCUUUGGCUACCUGCUGGGUGCCAUCGCUGCCUUUGGCUCCUGGGCAUCCCGGAUCCCUCCAUUCGCCAAUAUCUGUCGAGGGAAGUCACUCUCCUACAUCCACCUGUGGACGAGGUUCCUGUCAGCUCUGGCUGGUCUCCUCUACGCCUCAGCCAUUGUGGCCCAUGACCAGCAGCCUGAAUACCUGCUUCAGGCCACACCCUGGUUCCUGAUUUCACUGGGCCGAGCCGCACUGGACCUUGCUAUCAUCUUUCUGUCCUGCGUAAUAAAGAGCAGGACGAGAAGAGCCUUCCGAUUUGCUUCUGCAGAAGCUAGAGAGAGUGCCGACACACAAGCCCUUUUGACCUGUGCAGAGAAGGAAGAAGAAAACCAGGCGGCCAGGACUGAAGACAAGAACUCAGAUUGGGUGCCUCUGACCAGCCUGUCACACUGCAAGCCCCUGAGGACAAUGACAGUAAUGAGUCGCUAUAUGGAGCUGACCAUUGAGCCUGCACAGCAGGCCAGCUGCAGCGCCUCCAGGCUACCUGGUGAUGGACAGACAAGCACUGCAGAUGCCUCCUUGCAGGAGCCUCCCUCAUACCCUCCCAUUCAGGUCAUCCAGGCCAGAGUGUCUUCCAGCAGUGCCUCCGAGGUCUCCUCCAUCAACUCCGACCUGGAGCAGAAAUAUUGGGAAGCCCUAAACUCGGAGCAGGUGUCCUGGCCAUCCUCAGAGGACAGAGCAGGUCCCUGCUUCUGCCACCGAGCACAUGGCUCUGGGGCUAAGGUUUGGUUAAAGGUGCCAAGUCUGCAACCAGCACUACGCAGAAAGUUUGCAGAACCCCAGACAGGUACCCCAGAGGGCCGCGUUGCGUGAACCAAGUUAUGUCAGUGCCAAGUUUGCAGGGUCACUGGGCUGCAAGGGUCUUUUUAAACCCACUUUGUUCCCCUCCCCCUUCCCUUCCCUCUCCCCUCC